GCGAGUGCGAACUUUACACCGCAGACUGAUUUUGAAUUAUUUCAGUCCUGGCCCAGGAUGAUGUAACACUAACACAACUGGACUGCUGCUGCUGCUGCGUGAACUCACGGACGAUCGGUGCGUGUGUGAGGGAGUCGUGAGGAAGGGGGCUAUGUGACGAGAAGCUGCACACUACUACACACUCUCCUCUCCUGAAAUCCGUCGACUUUCCUCUUCUUUCGCAGAGAACUUACUUCGGAGCUCCUCAUCGGGUUGCUAAAGUGCACCGCCAGCCAAUCAUUGCCUGGGCGAUUGGCUCUCUGUACGGCAUGGCGAUGAGUUGUUUUGAUUUCAGGCAUCCUUUAGCUGCGCCAUGUCUUUUCGUUCUUUUAGUUGCUGGAACGAUACGUAGCUCUCUGGCCUCGUCCGAUUUAGUGCUCAAUCUAGCCCGACCGUCAUCUUAUGUAGCGUAUUCGCCAUGGAAUGGCAAGCUUUCAGGAGUGUUACAGUUCGCUUUCCGAACAACUGCGGCCAAUGGCCUGUUGCUGUACCAGGAUGGCGGUAGCAAUGUCAGCGACUACUUCAUGCUUAGCUUCGUGGAUGGCGACCUGCGCCUUGACGUGCGCAUGGAGUAUCAGGAAGGGAACGAGGAGAACGCAACCGAGCGUCGCAGUCUCAGCGAGUCCGACAAGAUCACCAACUUCACCGCCAACGAUGGCAGGUGGCAUGAGGUGCGGAUAGAGCGGGAACGAACCAGCCGACGCAGGUUCAAGAUCAGGUUGGACGGACAGUUGUGGACGAAGUUCAAGACUGGAGACGGCAGCUUGGAUACCACCCAGGGUCCCGUGUAUAUCGGUGGCCUGCCACUUGACGUGGAUAUUACCUCGUUGGCCGAUGAAAGCGCUGCCGAACUGCCCAACCUCGUAGCGUGUGUCAAGAACCUGUGGUACCUGAACACGGAUGAGCAACUGCUCCGUCCGCCCCCUCUGCUGAGCAAACGCGACGUGGCACUAGCGCUGGGCUGCGUCCUGUUUGAGCCAGUCUGCUCGGCCACCCAGGCGACUUGUGAGAAUGGUGGAAGGUGUCAGAGGUCACCCAGCUAUCGCCAAGGACUGUGCGAUUGCUCAGGCACCAGCAAAACAGGACAGACGUGUGAUGAUGAUGUGGUAACGUCAACAUUUCGCAGCGGCUUCUACCAUCACCUGAACCUGGGAUUUUCUGACACACUUCGCCGCGUGAUGGUCACAUUCCGGACUCCCGUGCAGCACCAGAGCGCUGCUGAGCUGAUGGCGGUCACCGAUAACAGUGGCCGGUAUGGUGUCUGGAUUCACCUGUCCGACGGCCGCGUGCAGCUCAAGACGAUGGGCUCGACGGGUCUCAUGCAGGAGCUCAUUGUCGGCGAGAGCCUUGAAGACGAUGAGUACCAUGCGGUGAGCGCGGUGAUACAGGAUCAUGAGAUACAGCUCACGCUGGACACAGGGAACUCCACCAUUACCGAUGUACUUCCCUUAACCUCACCAGCAUGGGAUAUGCUAGUUAGCAAUAUAGAACUGGCGCGAUUCUCAACACCCGUGGCCAUGGCUGCAGAGGAGGAGGCGUACGAGCCUUUCAGUGGCUGGCUACAAGAGGUGCUAGUGAACGAUGACAUCCGUCCGCUGGAUAUGCUCGCAAGGAGCUCUCCUCUAGAUGCACUGAUCCUGAGCAAUCUGUCAGCAUCAAUUCAUCUCGAUGCUACAAACAUCAUUGAGAUGCGCUCGCUGGAGUCUGACGCAAUCCACUUCAACGACACCACCGACGGAUUCUACAUAGAGCGCCAGUGGCUCUUCCGCAAGAAAGGCUACCUAACGUUCCACCUGAAAACCCUGCAGGAUAAUGCCAUUCUUGCGUAUCAACAAGGCGCCGCUAAUCGCAAGGCGGAGGGCGACGGAGAUAACUACGCGGCGCUGAUUGUCUCCAACGGCUCGAUAGCCUUGUCGUAUCACAACGGCGAUGAGAUGCUAGAGGCCGUGUCGUCACUCUACAUAAGCGACGGGCUGUGGCAUGAGGUGGGCGUGCGUCGCGACAAGCACAUCAUCUACUUCCAAGUGGAUGGUGCUCUAGAGACACUGACGCUAAGGCACCAUGUGGUCAUUCUUGCAUUUCCCGAACACGAGCAGCUGCUCAUUGGUGCGGUGCCGGCUGGUGUUGAAGUCAACGGCGUCAGCGAAGGAUUCAUGGGCUGCAUGCGACAUUUCUACGCCAGUGGCAGCCGUGAACCAGUUCAGUUGAGAAAUCUAACCACCGACAUUUCCGAUAUCGUGCCGUUCUGUCCUUCGUGUGAGCCGGCUAGUCCGUGCUCGGUCACUGAGCUAUGCGUGGAAGGACAGGACGAGGAGGCAUACAUGUGUGAACCCAUCCCGACCACGCAGCCACCCACGACAACGCCCGCACCAACCACAACACCGCCGCCAAUCACAACACUGCCACAGGCGGAGAUUACAUCAGAACCCGACAUGCUGCCACUGCCACCUGUGCUGUCUUCCAGUAUUGCUGAUAUGACGCCAUCUGCAUCUCCUGUCUCUGCUGUGUCAACAGACUCGACACCAAUGCCAACACCUGUGUCAGCGUCACCUACCGACUACAUCUACUCGACAAUUGAUCCCGUGUCGGUCACACCUACCCCUGUACAGCUUGUCAUGACAACCAGUUCUCACCUGAGCAUACCGGUUACAAGUGACAUCAUCGAUGAUGCAAUCACGUCUAUGGGUCUUAGCUCCAGUACAGUGGUGAUAACUGCAUCAGCUGACAUAGUUCCCACCGAAUCCUCGGUGAUUUCCACUGAGGAUAUCGAAGACGUCAACGGUACAGCAGUCGUCACCUUGGCAACCGUCAGUGCGACAAGUGAGAGCGUAAGUGGCGUAGAAGCCAGCAGUAGUGGUCUGUACGCAUGGGAUACGUCAUACUGGACUGAGCCCGAUGUCGUAGUGUCAACGUCCUCUGUUAUGGAGUCGUCAUCCAGUGAGCCAGUUUCCUCUUCUCGAAUGGAUGCAGACAUGCUACCUGCCGAUACACUUGCACCGUCAGCAUCCACCUUCAUAUUUUCUAGUGAGUCAGUAGAACCUUCCCAGUUGAUGCCCCCUCCAUCGAAAUCAAUAAUUAUUAUGACUCCUGAAUCGUCAGUUCCAACUCCAUCAGAAUCAAUGAUGACUCCUGAAUCGUCAGUUCCAACUCCAUCAGAAACAAUUAUGACUCCUGAAUCGUCAGUUCCAACUCCAUCAGAAUCAAUGAUGACUCCUGAAUCGUCAGUUCCAACUCCAUCAGAAACAAUUAUGACUCCUGUACCACCAAUGCCAACGUCCUCUGAAUCAGCUGUGAGUUCGGCAGUAUCAUCAAUGCCAACUCCCUCAGAAUCAAUUAUGUCUCAUGCAUCAUCGUCAAUGCCAGCUCCAUCAGAAUCAAUUAUGACUCCUGAAUCGUCAGUUCCAACUCCAUCAGAAACAAUUAUGACUCCUGAAUCGUCAGUUCCAACUCCAUCAGAAUCAAUGAUGACUCCUGAAUCGUCAAUUCCAACUCCAUCAGAAACAAUUAUGACUCCUGCACCACCAAUGCCAACGUCCUCUGAAUCAGCUGUGAGUUCGGCAGUAUCAUCAAUGCCAACUCCCUCAGAAUCAAUUAUGUCUCAUGCAUCAUCGUCAAUGCCAGCUCCAUCAGAAUCAAUUAUGACUCUCGUAUCGUCAAUGCCAACUCCAUCAGGGUCAAUUAUGACUCCUGUAUCAUCAAUGCCAACUUCCUCAAAAUCGUCUGUGAGUCCUGCACCGUCAAUGCUAACUACGUCAGAAUCAGCCGCGACCCCUGUAUCUUCCAUGCCAACUCCAUCGGAAUCGCUCUCAGCUCAUUCCUCAUCCAUGUCCACUCCUUUAGAAUCAAAGCCAGUUGCCUCCUUCCUCCCAUCAGAAUUGACAACUGUUCAUUCAGUGUCAGUAACUCCAUCCUAUUCUGACCCUGCUGUUAUCUUUUCCUCAACCGUAUUGCCGUCCGUGACGGAAUCGUCGGCACUAACUCCCAUGUUACCACCAACAUCAUCAAGUGAAGCGUCUUCCUUCCCCACACCAAUAUCAUCAAUUACUUCAUUGAUGUCAUCUAUGACACCACCAAUAUCAUCUAUGACUUCAUCAACAUCAUCUAUGACUUCAUCAACAUCAUCUAUGACUUCAUCAACAUCAUCUAUGACUUCAUCAACAUCAUCUAUGACUUCAUCAACAUCAUCUAUGACAUCACUAACAUCAUCUGUGACAUUGCCAACACCUUCAUACGACCCAACAGUGUCCUCUAUUACUUCUUAUGAAUCACCGGUACCCCAUGUGACCUCAUCAGCAACCCAUGUGAUAUCAUCGGCAGCCCAUGUGACAUCAUCAGCAACCGGUAUGUCAUCAUCAGUACCCCAUAUGAUAUCACCAGAUAUGUCGGCAAUGGACUCGAGAGAAAUCCCCAUGCCGGCGGCGUCACUAGUGUCUUCACAGAUGGAAGCUGGAGUAAGUAGCUCAUCUUCCCCAAGCAUGGCGGCAAGUUCCAUCUCCUCUGCUCCUAUGGCGUCUCCCGGUACAACUGUGCUGCCCACCACACAACCUACCACACAGCCCGUAGCCAUGACCAGCAUUCCAUCACCGGUGAUGAUCACAUCAGAGCAGGAACAAACACAAGCAACACCUGCCGAAGUGAAACCAUCGACCAGCUCCCAAGAACCUACAGAACCUGCCACAACUGACUCGACACCCUCACCCACCACAGCAGCAGCAACAACAGAAUCACCCACUACAGUAGCGUCCGAAGAACCAACACGGGCAGUUGCCGCAGAGCCGCUGCUGAGCAUCUCGUCGCCCGACGCACACGUCAACCUACCGCCUCUGACGUUGUCCGCUGACAAGCCGAUCACGCUGAAGUUCAGCACGGACAAGGGCGGCAUUGUUCUCUAUGCGUACGGCGGCCGUGGAGAGGCAGCAGGCAGCGGUGGUGACUUUGCUGGUCUAGCUAUAAUGCCAGAGCAUGUACUCUGGCAGUUCUCGGUGGACGGCCGGCUCUACAAUGUGACAAUCCAGUCACCGCCGGGUGAGUCUUACUACACCGACAAGUCUUGGUAUGAUAUCAAUGUGCAGCAUGGCAGUGAGCAAGUCACCGUUGAUGUGGACGGCGAGUCUCGAACAAUCACUGGUUCUAACCUUGCGCCGACAUUGGACGGGGGCACGCAGCUUGGAGGCAGCCCGGGAAACUCCAUUGGUGAUGUCAGUACUGGCUAUACUGGACAGGUACGCUCGGUUCAGGUUGGCGAUGAGCCGGUUGAUCUGCAAGCCGUUGCCAAGGAUGCUGACGGUGUUGAGUUUGUGGUACCGCCGUCAUCGGGUAACCAGCCAGUAUCCGCAUCAUCAGCUGGCACCGUGCAGCCGAGUGAGCCCACCACUGAGCCGCUGGUUGCUGAAACGGGCAGUGGUGGUAGCGGGCUCAGUGGAGGAGCUGUUGCUGGACUUGUGGUGGCAUUUGUCAUCAUCGGUGUAGUACUGCUUGCAAUGGUCAUCAUCACCAUCAUACAAGUGGCUGGCCGGAAGAGAGGCAUGUUCAAACCGGAAGAUGCUAAGCUCAUUCCCAUGACGGCUAGUCAUGCAUACGUGUGACAAGCCCCGGGUAGCAUUACGCAGCCGGGUCUGCCGGGCGCUACUGCUGCAAGCCCGUGUCGCAUACAGCGGCAGUAUGGCUGGAGAUUCGGUGGUUAGGACAAUUAAGAAUUGUGUGACUCAUCUAGAAUGGGCUGGCUAUGACGCAUGCAGCUAUGUGCGUGCGUGCUAGGACCUUUCUCAGCUUUUCCCUACUCUUCAACAUUGAGGUUCAGUAAUUUUUUCACAUUCAGAUUUUAACAGUGUUUCUUUUUAUUUCCAUUUUCACGGACACAUCGCGCAUUUUCCAGAGCAGGUGUGGCUGGCUGCCUUGCUGGCCGCUGUGUAUCACUGUCUACCCGCAUCCCUAGAAAAUCUCAAGUUCCCAGCUUGGGUACCACUCCAUCUCUGUUGUACUAUUGGCUAGCAGUUUUUUUGGGGGAAGUCCCCUUCUUGUAGCAGCAUGGUCGGCUUCCGUGUGGCUUGAUUGAGCUCAAACAUGAUCAGCUUCUCCGGCUUGUUGUUAGAAUUGCCUUACAGUCACUGCAUGUCCAUAUACUUGAGAUGUUGUCUGUCAGGAUAUCGGCAUCAGGACUAGUUUCUGACAUUUAUUCGUUGGAGAACGGUUCACCGCAGAGAGACUGUGGUUCACUCUGCUCUAACCGAUGCAGCAAAUCUAUAUUGUCUUUGCUCUCCUAGACCAUCAUAUUAUUAUACAUGUAAUAUAUUAUACAACAAAGUUCUUCUCUUGCCGCGUCAAGCUUAUGGAUAUUUUCUUGCGUGCUUGUUAUGAUUAUUAUCUCCGUUUCCCUGGUGGUUUCCACCCACGGUGCUUGGUCGUUGUCAGUGCAUCUUUCCUAUCAGAUUAUUCCAAACAGACCUGAGAGUCGCCGAGUGGAUAGCUGAUCAAUUA